AUGGCAAUAUCCAUUAGAAGUGGAGUUAUUCUGAGCUGCCCUGUGAGUGAUGCUUUCCCUAUUCCCUAUGAGUUGUACCAGCCUGGUAACCUCAUUGUCGGUGGGAUGGUGUCUCAGAUAAUUUACCACUUUUUUGGAAUUGAAUUUAAGGAACAUCCUUCUCUAAAACCUUAUGAUUUACCACUGGUAAUAACUAAGUUCUACCAGCACAUCCUUGCCUUGGCCUUUGCUGUGAAGGAGAUCAAUGAGGACUCCCAGAUCUUACCUAACGUCACUCUUGGGUUCCACAUCUAUGAUAGUUACCACAAUCCAAGGAUGACCUUCCGCACCACUCUGGACCUCCUUUUCAAAUCCCAGGAAUUUGUCCCUAACUACAAAUGCGAUAGCCGGAAAAACCUCAUAGCCAUCAUUGGAGGAUUAGGUUCGGAUACAUCAUCUUAUAUGGCAGAAAGUAUAAAUGUCUACAAAAUUCCACAGUUGACUUAUAGUUCCUUUGCCCAAGAAGAUUUUGAGAUUAAUAAAUUAUCUCCACUUUAUUGCAUGGUCCCAAAAGAGGACCAUCAGUAUAUUGGAAUUAUACAACUUCUUCUCCACUUUGGAUGGACAUGGAUUGGAGUCUUUGCUUUUGAAAAUAAGGGAGAAUGUUUUUUGAAGAACCUGCAGCCAUUGCUUUCACACAAUGGGAUCUGUUUAGCUUUCACACAAAAAAUUCCACAACAUAUCUGCUUAGAAGACUUGUCCGAAUUGUCUAAUUCAGUCUCAAUUAUUUCUGAUAAACUGGUAGAUCAAAAAGCAAAUGUUUUUCUUGUCUAUGGAGAAUCAUUCACAAUAGUGUGGCUCAGAACUGUCAUGUUUCUACGUGAUCCUGAAAAUAAAGACAGAUCAUUAUUCAGAAAGGUUUGGAUCCUGAUGAAUCCAAUUGAUUUCAUACUGACGGGAACUCAAAGGGGUUGGGAUCUCCAGAUGUUCCAUGGGUCUCUUUCCUUUACAGUGCAUGCAAGAGAGGUUCAAGGCUUCAAAGAAUUUCUUCAAGUCAUCAAACCUUCCACCCACAAAGAUGGAUUUCUUCAAGAGAUUUGGCAACAGUUGUUUGACUGUGUAUUUUCAAAGCCAGAUUUAUCUUCAUUGAUCAAUGAAAUGUGUAGUGGGGAAGAGAAUUUGGAGAAUCUUCCUGCACCUCUGUUUGAAUUCCAGAUGACUGGCCAAAGCUACAGUAUCUACAAUGCUUUUUAUGCAGUGGCACAUUCUUUGCAUGAGGCAAUGAGAUCAAAAUCCCAACCAAGAGAGAUUCAAAGGGUUGAAUUUCCAAAUCUGCACCCUUGGCAGGUUAUUCCAUUUUCUCAGUGUAAUGACCAGUGCUACCCUGGAUACUGGAAGAAAGGGUUGGAAGGAAAACAGUUCUGUUGCUACAACUGUGUUCCUUGCCCAGAAGGGAAGAUUUCAGAUCAAAAAGAUAUGGAUGACUGUUUCGAAUGUUCAGGAGACCAUUAUCCAAAUAAAGAAAAGAAAGGAUGUAUCCUGAAACUGCUGGUAUUCCUAACUUUUGAAGAACCCUUAGGAAUUGGUUUAGCCUCAACUGCUUUUUGUUUUUUCUUCUUCAGCUCUUGGGCACUUGGAACAUUUAUUAAAUACAGAGAUACUCCCAUUGUCAAAGCCAACAACCGGUCCCUCACCUACACCCUUCUUGUCUCUCUUCUGCUCUGUUUUCUCUCCUCUUUGUUGUUCCUCAGCCAACCAGAUAAGGUGACCUGCCUUCUCCGACAACCAACUUUUGGCAUCACUUUUUCAGUGGCCAUUUCUAGUGUACUGGCCAAAACCAUCACUGUGGUUGUGGCUUUCAUGGCCACUAAACCAGGGUCUCAAAUGAGGAAAUGGGUGGGGAAAAGAUUGGCCUUUUCUACUGUAAUUUGCUGUUCUCUCUUGCAAGUAUGUAUUUGUAUCCUUUGGUUGUCAACAUCUCCACCAUUCCCUGAGUUGGACAUGCAUUCAGAGCUCCAAGAAAUGAUUUUACAGUGUAAUGAGGGGUCAGCUUUCUUUUUCUACUGUGUCUUGGGCUACAUGGGUAUCUUAGCCAUUGCCAGCUUUAUUGUGGCUUUUCUUUCCCGUAAAUUACCUGACAGCUUUAAUGAAGCCAAGUUCAUCACCUUCAGCAUGUUGGCUUUCUGCAGUGUAUGGAUUUCUUUCUUUCCAGCCUAUCUGAGCACAAAAGGCAAAGCCAUGGUAGCUGUGGAGGUCUUCUCCAUCUUGUCCUCUGGUGCUGCAUUACUGGGAUGCAUAUUUUUGCCAAAGUGUUACAUCAUUGUUUUACGGCCUGAAUUAAACUGCAGAGAGCAACUCAUAAAGAGGAAUUAA